AUGCGUUCUUCCACUGUCGCUUUCGCCGUCGUUUUGGUCAACUCCGCAUCAGUUCUAGCUGCUGGCGGUUCAGCAGCUACCAUCACCUAUGCUUCUCCUACAAUUCUCCAAACUGGAGACAGCCAAGAAAUUACUGUUAGCUCAGUUACCAGCAGUGUAGUCUCUACUACAUCACUAUCUGCCCUCGUCCCUGUAACCACUGCUAUCUCCACUCCAGCGGGCAGUGCUUUGUCAUCGUACGCAUCCUCCUUCUCCUCCUUCCCCAUAAAUUAUGUUUCCUCCUACAAAUCCGCAUAUCCAUCUGGAUCAGUUCACUCAUCCGGUUCCGUGUCCAGUUCCAUUGUAUCCGGUGCACCAGGUGUAUACAGCAACUCGACCACCCUCUCCACCGCCACUGCCUCUGGCUCUGGCGCCGGCACAUCGACUGCUACCGCUAUCACCGAAGUUCCAGGUGCUACUACUGGAGCUAUCAAGACUGGACCUUUGGCAAGUGCGAGCGCGAGCGCCUCUUCAUCGUCCUCUGCUGCCGAUGCUUUGUCGUUCAGUGGAGCAUCUUGGAGUGUUGGAAGUCUUAUGCUUGGUGGAAUGGCCGUCGUCUUUGGCUUCUUCUAA